GAUAUUAACUUGCUAAGCUACUGACAUCUCAGUACUAUCUGUGUCUUGCACAACAGAAACACACCAGGAAAGAAAAAAGAUGUCCUCCGCAACAGCCUUCCAACCUUCCGCCCCCUCCCUCACCUCUAACGACUCCGCCGUCCUUCAAGCCCUCUUUGACGCAGAGUCCUCCCCUUCAGCCGGAAUCACCAUCGAUCCCAGACUCCCCGCUCUCCCAUCGUACCUAAACAUCUCCCCCAAGGAGCACGAAUCCCUCCAAGCCCGCGAGAAAGAAAUUAUCACGCCCUUGCAAUCCCCGCAAACACCCCCCGAAACCAUCCGAUCCGCAAUCCGCGACCUCGAUACCCUCAUUGCCACACAUCCAACCUAUCCAUCUGCAUACGCAAACCGCGCCCAGGCUCUGCGCAUGCUCAUCGAACCCUCUAAUCAGCAAAGCCCCGCCUUCCCUCUCCGGGGCUCCGAAUCCACAUCUCCAAAGUCGUCGUCGUCGUCGUCAGCAGCCUUCUUUGCAGCCGAAAAUGCAGACCACCUCACCACCUUAUUAGCGGAUCUUGGUCAAGCUAUUGAACUCUCCUCGCCUGGUUCGUUCGCAGGUUCUGUCUCAACGCUUCAGGCCCGGACUCUGGCAGACUCGCACACGCACCGCGGGUACAUCCUUUUGAAGAUGGCACGGCAGUUGAAGGGCGAGGGGGGAGGAGAAAGGGGUGGAGCGGACGGGUGUGUUAUUCCCGAAAGGUUUCGGGAGUCGGGACCAGAUCAGUUGGAGGAGAUGGCAAGCCGGGAUUUUUUCCUUGGUGGGCGAUAUGGGAAUAAAAUGGCGCAGCAGUUGGCGGUGCAGACGAACCCUUAUGCGAAGAUGUGUGGGGCGAUCGUGAAGGAGGCGUUGAGGAAGGAGAUUGAGGGGCAGUAAGUUACAUUUACAUUAUCUACUAUUAUCAUUCUUGUUUAUGUAUAUAUCUCAUGUCAUGUCAUGUCAUGUCUUGUUUGGUCUUACCUAUCUAUAAGCGAGGAGUAUUAGGUUAAAUCAAAAUAUAGGGCAAAUUUCAAAGAUGGCCAUUUUGUCAUUCGGAACUGAAAUCGGUAUAUAGCUAAAUGUGGUUGAUAGUAGAAAUGAUACAAUACUAAUAAUUGUUCUGAUGGAAGUAAUUAAGCCUUGUUGGGGUUCCUAAAAUGUCGCUUCAAUGGACGCCAGCUAUGUUCGUUGUACUCCUCUUGCACCUUCUGGCAUGUCUUGAGUCCCCAUUCUGACACUCCAACCAU